AUGGCCCUAAUAAAAGCGCGACAUACCUGGAUGGAAUGGUUGGAUGGUAAUGCUAGUAUGGUACGCGUCUUCUCUUUUGAUUUCAGUAAAGCUUUUGACACUGUAGCGCACGAGAUUUUAUGCAAUAAGCUGAAGAAGCUUCCUAUUAGUCCCUAUAUUACCAAUUGGAUCAUCAAUUUCCUAACCAAUACGUAUCAACGAGUCGUUGUUGAUGGCGUUAAAACAGAAUAUUUGCCUAUAAAUCGUGGAGUUCCUCAAGGAACAGUAUUAGGUCCAAUACUGUUUUCUAUAAUGAUUAAUGAUAUCCGUCCUGUUCAAGCCUCAAACUUAAUUGUUAAAUUUGCAGAUGACAUAAAUCUAGGGAUUAAGGUCACAGAUGAUAGUGACGCCUCUUAUAUGGAAACAAACAAUAUUAUCAACUGGGCGGAAACAAAUCGCAUGAAACUUAACUAUAAAAAGACGUGGGAGAUGGUCAUUCGCGGGAAGAUAACCCGGCCACUUCCUGCGCCUCUGCCUAUGAUUGUUCGUAAAAGUUGGUUGAAGAUACUUGGUGUAACGUUUCAAGAGAAUCCUUCCAUGUGGGACAUGCAUCUAGAUGAAUUAAUGAGUAAAGCCUGUAGCAGAAUGUACAUUAUUCGGAUUUGCAAAUACUACGGGUUUUCUUGGAAAGAGCUGGAUCUUCUGUUCCAUAGUCUUAUUUUAUCAAUAAUAGUUUUUAGUAUAGAGGUCUGGGGAUGUGCGUCGUAUUCUAAGUAUCUUAGUCAAGUAGAUCAACUUUUAAAACGUGCAUAUAAGUAUGGAUAUCUUAUGUAUCAGGUAUCGAUUGUUGAUAUAUUAAACAAUAAAGACAGAGAUUUAUGGGAGAAAACAACUACGGAUCCCAACCAUGCCCUACAAGUUUUGCUGCCUCCUAGUCGUCAAUUGGAAUUACGCAAUCGCGGACAUGAUUAUGAACUACCGAGAGUUCGAACAGAAAUGUUUAAAAGAGUGUUCGUUAAUAGAUGUCUUUUUAACUUC